CCCAUGUUCUGGAAGAACGAGCCCCAGGGCGAGCAGCCACCGGCUAAGGCCCAGCCCGACGGGGAGACUCUGGCCGGCGCCCUGGAGAAAGAGGAGGCGCGCUCGGGCGCCAGCACCCCCUCCACGCCCUCCGUCUGCUCGCCGCCCUCCUCCGCCGCGUCCUCGCUGCCGCCGGGGGCCAAGAGCCUCUGCUCCAGCUGCGGCCUGGAGAUCGUGGACCGCUACCUGCUGAAGGUAAGGGGCGGGCCGGGGACGGCCGGGUCGGGCCGGGCCUCGCCUAGCGCGCUUCUCCCUCGCCCGCAGGUGAACAACCUGACCUGGCACGCGCGAUGCCUGGAGUGCUCGGUCUGCCGGACGCCGCUCCGCCAGCAGAGCAGCUGCUACGUCAAGAACCAGGAGAUCUUCUGCAAGGUGGACUACUUCAGUCGGUUUGGUACCAAAUGUGCCCGCUGCGGGAGGCAAAUCUACGCCAGCGACUGGGUGCGGAGGGCUCGGGGCAACGCCUACCACCUGGCCUGCUUCGCCUGCUUCUCUUGCAAGAGGCAGCUCUCCACCGGGGAAGAGUUUGGCCUGGUGGAGGAGAAGGUCCUGUGCCGGAUUCACUACGACACCAUGGUGGAGAACCUCAAGCGGGCAGCCGAGAACGGGAAUGGCAUCACUUUGGAAGGGGCCGUCCCCUCCGAGCAAGACAGCCAGCCAAAGCCUGCCAAGCGAGCCCGGACCUCCUUCACAGCCGAGCAGCUGCAGGUCAUGCAAGCCCAAUUCGCUCAGGAUAACAAUCCAGAUGCCCAGACUUUGCAAAAACUGGCAGACAUGACCGGGCUCAGCAGGAGAGUUAUUCAGGUUUGGUUUCAGAACUGCAGAGCCCGGCACAAAAAACACACGCCUCAACACACGGUGCCGCCCUCGGGGGGCUCCCAGUCCCGCCUCCCUUCCGUACUGCCGGAGGACCUCCACUACUCCCCGUUCAGCGGUCCUGAGCGGGCCAGGAUGGUGACCCUCCACAGCUACAUAGAGAGUCAGGUCCAGUGUGGACAAAUGCACUGCCGCCUCCCCUACGGCACCCCCCCUGUGCACCUCAAAGCCGACAUGGAAGGAGCGCUCUCCAGUAGAGGGGAGAAGGUGAUCUUGUUCCAGUAUUGACUCCUCCCUUUCCUCGACUCCCGGGACUUGUGAGGCCACUGCUGCUUAAUCUCUCCACCAUUUCCUCCCUGGCCAGCAAGGGACCUUCAGUCUGAGAACCCCCUCAAGGUCUUCUCAGUCUGGGCUUCUAACCUGGAUCUCACUUGCCCUGGCUGUGGCCACCAGCCGCUGAGCAUUCCCCGGUGCUGUUCUUCAUCUGGUGGAUGUGCUGGCUGGUGAAGACUCUGGGCAGGCCCUUCUCUGGGAGACCAAAGUAAGGAUGUAUCUUGCCGUCUGCUCCAAGUUCAACCAACGCAAGGACAGAAGCUGUGCCGCCUGGGCUGAACCUGUCCAUUCGAACGUGGAACACUGUCGAUCUUCAACCUAAGAAUCAAGUCUACGGUAGAGUCAACAUUCAACCUUUCGAUGGAAAUGUGGUUGGAAGGUGGAGACAUUGCCCGUUUCAACAGAGGAGACCAUGGAUCUUGUUCUGUCGAUUCCUUUUCAACUCUUCAGGCUUUUGAUUUUCCUUGUAAGCAACAUUGGUCUGUUUGGGGGACCGGCAGGGCUUUGCGGCCCUCAAACCAGAAGCUGGACCUGCCCUGAGGGGUGACCCUCCAAGUCAAACUCUUACGGAUGCUUCUAAUCCCAUUGCCCAACAACCGGUGGGAAAAUGUCUGUCUCCCUAAAUCUUGGGAGCAAAAUCCAAUGAAUUAAAUCUCCAGCCUUUGUGCAGAGCUGAGAAAAUGUUUUAAAAACCUCUAGUGGCAACAUCAAACUUUGGAAAGAAACUUGGGGGGGCAACAGAAAACGUGGGACUUUGUGCUGCCAGGACUGUGGAAAAAAAUUGGAACUUCUCUCUCUCUCUCUCUCUCUUAUUUAAUGGCGUCCGGCGUUCUCAGGUAGUGCUAGACGGAGCAACGGAGCAAAAGCACUUGGCCUUCUUCGCAGCCUGAAGCUUCCUCUUGCUAGGCUGGGCAGCUGCUAGGUCAACUGGCCCGUGAAAUGGCUUUUGGGAAGGAAGGUCCUGGUUGGGGCAUCCCCCAGGCCUGGGCCAGGGCCACCACCUCCCCAACCAGCCUCAUUGCUCCUUUCUGGCUGGAAGGGCACGGAGGAGGCUCCAUAUUCUCCCAGGACUUCCUACCCAAAGACACAGGCAUUGUUCUCCCUCCCUCCUGCUGGAGAGCUCCUGAUCUAGGCAGAUCCCCCACUUCUCCUUGGGCUGCGAUGGCACUGAUGAUAUUACCUAGUUGGAUCAUGAAACGCCUGCAAAGAAACCACCCAGAGAGCACCAAGGACCCCACCCUCCAACCCUGAGCUCUAGAUAUGCUCCUUUAUUGGCAUGACGGCCCGUUUCCACAAUUCUGCCGCUUCGUGGUCCACCCGGGCUGCUCGGAUAGCCCUUCACCAGUGCCCAGCGCGACUGUUUCCUGAGAAUUAACUUGGAGCGCGUAGCUUGACCUGAAGGAGGAGGCCGCCCAGUUGCGUGUUUCUUGGUAGUCCUGGGUGGCCGAGGCAUUGAGCGCAGGAAAGGAGGCCAGCGCAGAGUGACCCUUGAACUUCCUGACUCAGACGUCCUGCUGAAUUGCGGUGGAGACAGAGGUCACCCUCCCUGGCAGCUGUGAGCGUUGCAUGGGUGGCUCAACUGCCUUUCUUUCAACAGGAAAGCUUUGGUGGGUCAAGCAGCGGCUUGGAGUGAGCUGCUUUUUCAGCCCCUCUGUGCCACUAGGAGCAGGAGCAGGGACCCAAGGGUGGGGGGUCAGUCCCAGAGGAGAGGAAAGGUUUUGUCUGGUUGUUCUCCGAUCCCAAAGCAAAGGCUGUUUUUUUCUUCCUUGCAAAAGUCAGGGGCCACCUUUUGACACACGGCAAAUUUUGCUCCAAUCUUGCUAAACUGGAAAGCAUUAAAUGGAUGUUUUGAUCCAUUCAUCAUUCACUAAAUGGGUGUUUCUGGAAAAUGAAGGCCUGCCCCAGAAGAGGAAGAUGGAUCCUCUUUAGAUUAGCAUCUCGUUAGCCGAUGUCUUCGUCCUGGGCAAAGCCAUCCAUCUAUGUACAUUUUAAAAAACACACAAACACACAGCUGAGCAAAGGUGCCCCCUGACCUUGAAUGAGCAAACUCGGUGCAUGCUCAGAGAUCCUCCUGGAGAUUGGACUACUCUGCCCGUAAAAGCCCUAUUUUUGCCAAUACUGUACUUCCAACAAUGCCUCCAGUAUUAGGGUAACUUAAAACAUGAACAGAAUCCUUCAUAUCAUUCACUUCUCACAGUCACAUUAUGAAAAACUCCUAGCAAAUUUGCUAACAUCCUAAUAGUGAGAGCCAGAAAUUAACAAGAUUAGUCAAAAUCUAUGUAACUCAAUUCCCUACAAAUAACACGCUUUGGAAUUCAGCAUGGAUUGUAGUUCCCUUCAUGGAAUAUGUUUGAAUUUUCUAUAGCUCUAAGAGCUGAGAAAAAGUAAGUAGAAUCUAGUGGGAUCUGGAAAGACAGAGGAGGUUCCAGAAUUAAUUUUCAGUGAAUAAGAAGGGCAAAAUUUUGUUUGAAAAGCCUGGAAUAGUCACAACGCAUAUCGAAUUUAAACGUGUUGGGCUUCUGGGCUCUGAAAAAAGCAGCUUAAUGUCUCCCUCUUUCUGCUUUUCCUUUUUUUAAAAGCUGGGGUGAACAGAAUGGGGAGGGGGGUUCACCAACUAAGCGGCAGACAGAGAAGUAACUGCUUGGCCUGGUCAGGAGAAGCUGGGGGUCCGGAGCUGCGCCAAAUUGUCUCGGGGAAAAAGAGCAGACUGUUUUGUUUGUAGAUUGUGGCAAUUUGUGCAUGUCUAGGUGAACAUGGCUAAAAAUAACCUUUGGAAGAACAGGCGGUCAGGACUGGUAUUUAUUUAAAAUAAAGAGACGAGGGGUGGGCGCGGUGGGGGGGGAGGGAAUAAAGAAAAAAAAUGUAAAGCACUUUUUUUAAAAACAAAAGAAAACAAAACGGUCAAAACCAAUGUUUGUUUUACUAGCUCCCUUUUACUGUCGUGCUUUGUAAAUGUCUUAUUUGUGUAAUAAAUAAAGUCAAGUCAAGUUAAGGUGCGGGCACUGACAUCAAGGAAGAAGAAUUCCCUUUUC